AUGACAAGUGUCGACGAUCCAGAGAAACAUUUUCUGGGUAAUCUUCUCGAAGAUGAUCCGGGCUCAACAUCAGCCACGGGAUCUCGUGUCGUAGGGAUGAAUGCACCCAUACCAUCAGCUAGUCCAAUAGCACCGCCAGUGACCAAUGUUGGAGCUAUCAUGCCUCCGAUUGGAUCAAUGUCGGGAUCAUGGCCCGAACCUCCACCGCCAUAUUCACCGCCACUCGAACCGUGGGCUUCAAACGUGAAUACGACGCUCCUAGGCUCGACUGCGGUUCCGACUCAAAAUUGGUUUCCUUUCACGGACCGAAAAGAAGCAUCUACAACUGACUUUUUGAGUUCUUACAACAUCAGCGGAAGUUCAACGCCAAUAACACCGUCUACUCCAACGAGAGUUCCACACUUUCCAUCUUCGCAAGUCCACCAUUACCAUCAUAAUCUUCACCAUCAUACUCAUACUCACAAUGUGGUUCAAAAUCACUACUUUGGUGCUCCACCGCCAGGUUUGGAAAAUCUGGCUCCGAGAGCAGCUCCAGCAGCUGCUUCAGUGUCGCCAGCCUUGGAAGCAUCCAGCUGGGAUUACACAGGCCUCGAGAACAUCAAUAUGAGUACGAGUAGCGUGUCAUUUUCGGACUGGAAGAAGGAAAAUAUGAGUCAAGCGUCUCCGGAAUCCACAGCCGUUUCUGAAUCCUCGGUUUCGUCUCAUUCUGUGAAUCAGGAGAUUGCGAACACUCAUCCACCGUUGUCGCCUUCAGAAGUGGUAGAAGUUGCCAAGGAGAAGAAACAAAUCUCGAGAAGUUAUGCGGAUCAUUUGUCCAAAUCGAAUUCAGCGACUCCGAAACGAGGUGGUUCAGCAAUAGGGGCAGAGAAAAAGCAGAAGCAAGAGCUAGCCAAGAAGACAAGUAAUCAGUUGCCUCUUGAAAAUGUGGCGACACGAAUAGUAGUCAAAGGCCAACCUCAUUCUGCUCCCGUAGUUUCCAGGAUGCCAUUCAGCUAUCGUGAUGUUGCGGCUCGUUUAGAGAAUCCUCCAUCGUCAAUUCCUCAGCACCUGGAUGAAUCUCAAAGAGAGAAAAAAGAAGAGACAUCGACGUCAGAUUUGAGAGCAAUUGAUUCAAGAGCUGUCGCGUCCAAAAACAAGGGGAAUCUCCACGGAGCUGGAACUACAGCUAAUUCGUCUGAGAAGAACGAAAACAAUAAGAAGAAUCGUGUCGACAACGAGUUCCAAAAGAUCAAUAGUCGGAAGAAUAAGAAGGAGAAGAGUUCGAGUGCGGUUCCGGCACCCUUGAUUUACGAGGGUGUUCACCCUGUCGAUGCCUCAUCUCGGUACGACGUCCUCAAGAAUCUUGAAUCUCCAACUCAGCACCGUAAUGAUAAGAAAGCUGCGAAUGGCAGACCACCAUUGAUUCAAAAGAUUUUCUCAAGAUCCAGCUCGCCAGCAGAAGAUAUGAUUGACACUGAAGAAGAUGAUGGGCAAAGAACUCGGUCGGCUUCAACACCUGCUAACCAGAAUAAUGGUCAAAAGAAAGAUCAAAGAAAACGGACGGUUCAGGCUACGCAGCGUCGGAGAAAAGGACGAAAGGAAGAGCCAACAUGGUUGGAGAAAGCAUGGAGAACUUUUGGUGAGAUAUUUCAAACCAAUCAUCGUACUACGGUUUUUUUUCCAGUUGAACUAUGCUGCUUCAUCUGGGAACACAUUUCGUUUUCCCUCCAAUGGACGUUCAUCCUCAUCGUUGAAGUGUGUCAAAGAAUCGCCGACCUUUUCAUCAGUUCCGGAAGAAGCAUGUGGAUUACAGCUUGUCGAACGAUUCAAAGCGUUUUUCUUAUUUUCCUCUGUACGAUGUACCACAUUUUCAUAGCGAUCAAGGGAUUCUUCGUUAGCACACUUGCCUUUCUGAAUAUGAUUGCGAGUGACGAUGACGAGGUCACAGAAAAACUCAGUUGGGGUCUCAAAAAAGAGAUUCCUAUUCCCACGGUGGCGACAGAGUUUGCGGAUCGUCUCUCUCGGGAAACUGUUAGAGAUGCCUACUCUGCCCUCGGACUUCGUAGCGACUGUUCAGAUGACGACAUCAAAAGAAACUACAAACGAUUGGCGGCUCUCGUCUCGCCAGAUAAGUGUAAUUGCGAUGGAGCCGACGAAAUUUUCGAGCUUGUCACUAUGGCGUUGGCUGCAAUCGGAAACAAGGAAUCGAGAUCUGAAUACACUGUCGAAAAUUCGAAAAACAACGAAUAUCACUCAAAAAUCGUAACUAUCUGGAACAAGUUGGCAAAAAUUAUCGAGGAUGCUCGCAACACGAUCUUCUGCGAUUGUGACGAGACACACUUCCGCAUCGCCACCAGAAUUCGUCCAUCUGAAGCAAGAUUCUGCAAACGGUGUGGUGUUAAUCAUCCAGCUAAGCAUAGUGACAUAUGGGUUGAUAAAGGAAUACUAGGAAUCAAUCCAACGUAUUACACUUGUACAGACAAUGUCGUGUACAAUAUCACUUCCUGGGCAACUUGCAAGAGCCAGAAAGGAAUGCUCAAGAACAUGCGAGCAUACACUCACCAUGUGCAGUAUCGACUGCUGUCACCAAUGAGCAACGACUACGACAAUCAAUCAUCCCAAUACUUCAACUCCCCACUCAACUAUCCAACGUCUUCAACUGAUGCCCGUUUUUUAUCUGAUCUACAAGAAGAGUAUUCUUCUCUGCUCCGUCAACGCAGUCUCGCUCAAAUCUCGUUCAAAACUUGUGAACCACGCGAAGAGGAUCGUAGUAGACGUGCAGCCAAUCGACGACAGAAGCGGUGGCGAUGA